AUUUAAGCACAGUCUGUUUUAAUAUUUAAUGGGAUGAGCUUGGAUUAAGUGAGAAUCUUCUAAUACUGAAAUAAUAUUUUUUUUUUUGUGAAAUGAAAUAAAGAUGCAAUCGGUUUCGACGAUAUAAAAUCGAAUAUAUAGACUGAUUUAUCGACGUGAAGCAAAGAGCUGUUAAUAAACUUAAAUUAUAAUAUCAAUACACAUUUGAUAAAUUCAAAAUGAUAUACAUUAUUGCGACAUUAGUCUUGGCUGCAGUUAGCAUUUUCAUCUAUCGAUGGUACGACCAACACUACAACUACUGGAAACAUAAGAAUUUGCCUCAUAUACCAGCAACGUCAAUCUUUGGCAACAUAAAGGACGUAGUACUCUACCGAAAAUCGCCAGCUGAUGUUUUCCGCGCUCUAUAUAACAAUAAAAAGACAAAAGAUGAACCCAUCGUUGGAGUUCAAUUCUGUCAUGAACCAGCUUUGAUAGUGCAAGAUCCGGAAAUUAUAAAGAAAAUCCUUGUCAAGGACUUUAAUUAUUUUGCUAAUAGAUACGCUUCUUCUGAUCCACAUUCGGAUAGUCUGGGAAGUUAUAACCUAUUUUUUGUCAACAAUCCAAUAUGGAAACAAAUCCGGAAUCAUAUUUCACCAAUUUUCACUAGCGGAAAAAUGAAGCAAUUUUUCCUUUUAGUCCAUAAUGUAGCCAAAAAUUUAGAUAAAUAUUUAAUGGAUCACACACUUCAAUCAAACCCUAUAUGUAGGGAUAUAAAAGAGGUUUGCGCUCUAUAUACCACGGAUGUUAUAGCAAGUGUUGCAUACGGUAUUGAGGCAAAUUCAAUUAAUAAUCCUGAAAGUGAAUUCCGACAGAAUGGUAGACAUAUCUUCAAUUUUACUCCAUGGCGUGCAUUUGAAUUCACCGCAUUCUUCUUCGUGCCGAAGUUAGUGUCGAUUUUUAAGUGUAAAGUUUUCUCAGCCAAAUCAACUAAAUUCCUCCGUUCCACAUUUAACUAUAUAAUCGGAGAGCGCAUGAAAACCAAAGAAGUUCGCAAUGACCUUAUCGAUCUGUUAAUUGGAAUGAGGGAGACCACCAAACUAAAUAUCAAUAACAAAGAAGUUGCAUUUGACGGUGAUUUACUCGUAUCUCAAGCGGCUAUCUUUUUCACAGCUGGCUAUGAAACUACAUCGUCUACAAUGUCCUUUGGAUUGUAUGAACUAGCCAAAAAUAUGGAAGUACAAACACGACUUAGGGAAGAAAUCAAAGAAGUCCUGGAAGAACAUAAAGGAGAAAUAACAUAUGAUAUUAUUUUAAAUAUGAAAUAUCUAAACAUGGUAAUCCAGGAAAUCUUACGGUUAUAUCCACCAUUACCAUUUUUGGAUCGAAUUUGCGAACUACCAGAAUCGGAAAGAAAAGGAUACUCACUGGAACCAGUCGUUGAUUUUGCUAUUCCAAAUAAGACACCGGUGAUAAUUCCAAUUUAUGCACUACAUAGAGAUGAGAAGUACUUCCCGGAUCCCGAAUCAUUCAUCCCAGAAAGGUUUGCUCCCGAAAACAAGGAUAACAUUAACCCAUAUGCCUACUUGCCAUUUGGUACCGGUGGUCGAGUUUGUAUUGGUGAAAGAUUUGGACUCAUGCAGGCCCGGCUAGGACUUUUCUAUAUUCUUAAGAAUCAUUAUGUGAAAAUGUCUCCAAAAACACCUAAAAAAAUGCGGUUAGAGAAGAAAGCUCUCAUUAUUCAAUCAGAAGGCGGCAUUUACUUAGAUGUUGUACGUGAUCCUUUGACGCAGUGAUUUAUAUUGACUAAGACUAAAAAAAUCCAUGACUUUUAAUAAUAAAUGUUUGUUUUAAAA